AUGGAGAGCAGGGUCAUCGCCGACAAUCAAAUUAGUGCCUCUUCUCAAUGGGAUCACAAUAAAGCUGCUCAUAAUGGUAGACUUCACUUUAAAAAAUCACAUGGCAAAGCAGGGGCUUGGGUGGCUGACACAAGUGAUGAAAACCAGUGGCUCCAGAUAGAGCUGCUUACUCCACACGUUAAAAUAACAAGGGUUGCAACGCAAGGACGAGACAGCCAAUCUUCGUUGAACUGGGUAACCAGCUACGAGCUAACUUACAGCAGCGAUAGAAUAAAGUUCCACACUUAUAGAGAACAUGGACAUAUGGAGGCGAAGGUUUGAUAAUUAUCUUAAGUAAUCUUGAUCAGUAGUCCAUCUGUAUAAACCAUGCACUUCUCUAAGCGAUCAAUUCGAAAGUAUAAAAUUCAGCGUAAAUUAAGAGGAACGAGUGCGUUGCUCCAGGGAAUAAGCACCAAUGUCUGUGCAGUUCAUUUCUCACAGUCUCCGACUGUGGGGAAUAAAAUAGUUAAAGGAGUCUAAUUAAAAUUACAGCAGAAAAAUUACACUCACGAAUAAGAUAAUUAUAUCAAGAAUCAGAGUAGAGAAUUUUAACUGGCUUGAAUCUCCAUGAUUUAAAUCCGUGGAUAGUCUAACAUUAAAAGAGAGGUUUAGGGCUUGUUUUAUACCUAUUUUUCAUCGUAUCACGAAAGAAAUGACGUGACUUGAUUCGGAAUCUCGCUCUUAGCACACUUUUAUCUUAACUGUCGUUCGGAAUGGAGUCUAAAGAAUCUCCAAAAAGUGUUAACUCUCAAUUUCAUUGGAGAAUUAAGUCUUUAAUUUCGUAGAAAAGGUUGUGGUUAUUCAUCGUAGUGAAUAGCAAUAAAAGCUAAGUUUUCGUUUGUCUCACGACGUAGUCACGUGUAAUGUUGAUCGCGACGUUUCGACUGCAUACUGCUAAUCUUCUUCAGGCGAAGAAGACUAGCAGGAUGCAGUCGAAACGUCGCGAUCUACAUCACACGUGACUACAUCGUGAGACAAACGAAAUUUAGUGUUUAGUGUUCUAUGGAUAUUUUCGUUUUUCAAAGACGGAAAGGAGUUUUUAAACUCCUUCACUUCAUCACUUAAAAUUAAUAAUGACAAAAAACGUGUCGUUAAAUUUAAGAAAUAAGUCAUGUUCUUUACUAAAGGCUAACAUCAAACAACUGUCAAAUUUCAUGCCGCACGGAUAGUGUCAUUAACGGCUUUUUGCGGACUUUUUUAGAACGGUAGAUUUGAAUUUGGCUUAGAUAGUUGAGACAACUCAAGGUCGAAGAGUACACUGUAUGCGACAUAGGCAGUAAGUUUACUGCCUACUUACUGUUUUUCAUUCUAGAAUUUCUCUGGAAACACAGACAGAGACACUGUCGUGUACCAUGACCUCUUUCCACCAAUUAGAGCAAGAUACAUCCGUUUCCGACCAACAGCUUGGUAUAAUUGGAUAACAAUGCGAGUAGAGCUGUACGGCUGUUUAGGUAAAGAUGAAUUUGACUUGCGUUGAUUGACGUGUAAUUCGCAAUUCACUUAUCUUGCGUUCUUCUUAAUUGUGAAAGUUGUUGUGUUUAAUCAUUCCAUUCCUUAAACAUUGAGGCGUAAGAGCACCAAACCUCGUUUUCCAAUUUACACCCAAUACAUAUGCCUCAGUUAGUCUUAAUUUCAUUUGAUCGGUUUUUUCUAAAUUUCUUUAAUAAUGACUCCAAUAAUAAAAUUUUUCCCUUACGUUUAAAAGUUGAUUAACAUACCCUGCUGGAAUAUGCUCUACCAUUAAGAUUUACUUCUUUUUGUCCCCUUAUAACUCAGUUUUGGCAAGGAAGGCAGUUGAAUAUAUACUCUCAAUAAAAACUUUGUGUUUAUUAUCUGAAAAUUUAAAGAAUGUCAAGACGCUUUUGGUAUGGAAAACGGUGCCAUUUCUGACGGACAAAUCACUGCCUCUUCAGAACUGAAAGCAGCUUAUGCGGCGAAUAAGGCCAGACUAAAAGCUGCAGAGGGAACUUGGUUGCCUCUCACGAAUAAUGCCGAACAAUGGCUUCAGAUUGAUUUGCUUGAAAACGAUAUCAUCGUAACGAGAAUUGCCACACAAGGACUGAAUAACCCUGACAUGACCAAAUGGGUUACUAGCUACAAUCUACAAUAUAGUAACGAUGAAAUCAACUUCCGUUAUUACAUAGAACAGGGGGAGACAGUAAAAAAGGUAUAUUAGAGUACUACAGGGUAAGUUAGUAUAACCAACUGAGUUGACAACGUAAAUUGGUCGCCGUAAAGAGUUUCAACCCCGACGUUUCGAGCGUUAGCCCUUCGUCAGAGCAAAGGACUACCACUCGCUUCGCUGUGACGAAAUGACCCUGUUAUACCUUCCCACCGACUCAGCACCACAGUUUCGUUAUAUUUUUUUCCAUAAAAGAAACUAGUAUUGUAAAACAAACUUGUAAAUUGCAUGAUACAUACCAUGAAUUUUCAUUUUUCCUUUUAUUGUUUCAGUUCAUGCAUAGUUAUAGAAAAUCUGUACAAAACAUUCUGAAGUAUUCUUAAAAAACCUUUGAAGUGGCCGGGGGGCGCGGCCAAUUGGACAUGUCAUGGGAAGAAGGAAAAUUCUUUUCUUUUUGGUACAAAAUCUCCACCUCUCCAGACGAACAUCUUGCAUGAAAAUUUUAUACUUUUACCACCUCGACGACUUUACUUUUGAAUCUGCCGUCCCGCGCUGACCUAGAACUGCCAUAUCCUCUUUAGUUGCUUUUUACUUUAAAUUCUAACUUACAAUUUUCAACAAUUCAGUGAGAUUUAAUUAUAAUAACUUUCUCGAUCGAAGAAAUCAGCAAAUUCUUUUCCUUUUUUUAUAUAUACAUCAAGGCUUUUGAUGGAAAUAAUAACAGGUUUUCAACAGUUUCCCACGACUUAAAUCCCUCCAUCGUGGGACGUUACGUCCGAUUUCGUCCAGUUGACUGGAACGGGGGAAUUGGCAUGAGGGUGGAGCUGUUCGGUUGUUCAGGUAAUUUUAACAGUUGGACAUACGCAUUCAUGUCAAGUCGUCACUAAGCCACAUCUCGUAUGAAGCACACCCAAAAAUGACGUAAAAGCCCCAUGUGCAGUUGUAAUCUCCCAUUCCCCGAUGGAAACUGUCUUUGCACAUUCUUAGGCAAGAUGAUAAGUUCAAGAAAUAGAUUCAUGGGUUCUCCUUCCCGCGGGCCAGAGCAUCAUCAGCUCCGACUAAGUAACAACUAUCAUCCAACAACAUGCUGGGGAAAGCGAAAUAGCUCGGAUUGUGCUAGCCACUUAGCUCUUUAACCUUUCGGUCACAUCGCGUACGCUUUUCUACCUUUACAGAAAAUUUUGACGAAACAAAAGGAGCCUUAUAUUGAGUCGAAAAACAUAUGUGAUACAAUCAAUGCGCGAAUUUGUCUAAAAGCUUACUAGUCCUGUUAGGAAACACACGCAUACACACACUGAAACGUAGGAAGAAAUACGGUCUCUAUACUCUCUUGGACGGAAAUAUAGUAGGACGUACGACUCGGCAGACUGAUAAUAAAAGUAAUAAAAUAAGAUGGGAUAGGCAGAGCAGACGCACACAGGUACUUACAUCAUCUAAUAUGAUUUUUGCAGAUUUGGAUGAAUGUCAAGAGCAGAAUCACAAUUGUGACGGCAUGGCGCAUUGUAGCAAUACUGUGGGCUCAUUCAAUUGCACUUGUCUUCAAGGAUUUAGAGGAGAUGGUGUCAUUUGUUUUGGUAUGAUGUAUGAAUGAGUCCACGUGCUCAAAUAUGUCUCAGCGAAACCGGGAAUACCCGGUUAUGUAAACAAAUGAUUUUCUGCAAUCUUCAAACGGAGUGUAAAAUUUAAGUCAGGAUUGCAUCAUUUUGUUGUUUAGGAUGCGUAAACGUCUUCUUCCUACUUGCCAAAGAGCUGUGGACGAGGAAAUUUUGUCCCAAAAUAAAAGAAAAGAACACUACUUGAAAGAUCAUCAAGUCAAUGUCUCCUAAUAGACUCGGAAAUAUGCUGGCAGAUAUUUUCAGUUUUCAUCGUGCUCGCUCUCGAAAACUGGUACCCUUCUCUGAAUAGACGAUGUCUACAGUCAAAUAUUUGGUAAUUUUUGAUAUGUAUAAGUCUUAAGAGAUGCAAUGCAGCUCAGCCCGGUCUUAUCCCUACUUGUACGCCCAUAUUUCCUGUGACAUCAAUGCAUACCUUGGUAUCGUACCCAUUUUCUCAAAUAAAGUGAAUUAUCGAUCACUUUGAGUCACGAUAACUUUUUACAACUUGUAGAACAACGUUUAACUCUGGAUUUGAAUAGGGUAUGCUAAACAAUUUUUUCCAACUCUGACGAGAUCGUUCCGUCAAUAAUUAUUUCUUCUCGUGCAGAAAGAUAAUGCGUGCCAGUAAAAAAAAGGGUACAUAUGCCUCAACAAGUACGCGCAUUAAAGAUUUGAAUGUCUGGUAAUGUUUUCUAUACGAUUCUUGCCUCCUCGUUUCAAAAUAAACUCAAUAUCUUCUUUAAGGUUACAAAGAAGGCCAUUUUUUCAAAUUGGACCACAAAAACUACUUGUUUCACUUCAUCUAAUGCAAGCUGUUAUUUACUUCAUAAUGACCUCUAAAUCCAUAGAUAUAAACGAGUGUAAGGAAAGACUGGAUGACUGCGCUGCUGAGGCAAAGUGCUGGGAUAGCCAUGGCUCAUUCGAAUGUAGAUGUUUACCUGGAUACUCUGGAGAUGGACGAUUUUGCAAUGGUACGUAUAACAAGCUCAAAUCUUUGCGACCUCUACCGCUGACAUUGUGAAUGAAUUGUUCGCUAAACGUUCUUGUAAACUUCGACAUUACGUCAAUGAAACUGUUAAAAACAGACCUUAGAUACUCAUGUGACUGGAAAUGUUGAUAAGAAUUAAAAGAAUAGCAAUGGUUAAAAGACAACAAUGAUAAUGGUGACAAUGAUAACAAUACUAUUGACAGAAUACCUGUGCUUACAAUAUGGACAUUUCCAAAAUGUGAUCUUUCAGCUUUUUAUAUGUGUGAACCAGAUCUACUUUAGGACAUUCUUUAGGCAAAUUUAAGAAUCAUUUCAUAACCAUCACUGUCAGUCUAACACCUCGACAGUAGUAACCAAAUAUCAUCCAUGUCCCAUUUUUUUUGGAUAUAGGCCAUUAGAAAUAAUGAAGUUUUUUUUCUUUGUUUGGUUGUUUGUUUGUUUGUUUGUUUUUGGGGGGAGGGGUUAGGUUUGACAGCUUUAUAGUCUUAAAUACGUAUUUUUUUCCGUAUAGAUAUUAACGAAUGCACCACAAAUGCGCACAACUGCGACCCAUGGGCAGUUUGUAAUAACACAAUCGGAUCUUUUAGUUGCACAUGCUUCAAAGGAUAUGAAGGAAAUGGUACAAGUUGUGUUGGUAGGAAAUAUUUGCAAGAUCAAUUCUUUCUUGUUGUCUUUUGUUUACUGAGGCACUUAUCCUUGUCACAAGACUUAAAACACAUUUAUGGAAUUAUGUAGAUGUCGAUGAAUGUGCAACCUCAACUCAUAACUGUCAUGGAGUUGCUCACUGCUUUAACAAUCCGGGAUCCUUCAGCUGUGAGUGCCACAAAGACUACAUUGGAGAUGGAAUAGCAUGUGAGCCGAACGGUAAGAUUCAAUUCAUAUUGCAGUGAAAGAGAACCGGGCUGAAAAUUAAUCAGUUCGUUAAGUUCUAUACAUUUCUAUAAUCGAGCAUGUUACAGAAAGCUUGUUUCUUUGAGGUUGAAAGCUUCAUGCAGAUGUUUUUCCGAUAUAUUCUCAGGAGAUUUCUCGGUGACCAUCAGAAAUAUUUCAAAAGACAAGUACCAUGCCACACUUGUAAAUCGUUCUCUCAAAAGCGUCCAGGAAGCCGUGAUACAGGGUCUAAAUGAAGAUUUGACUAUAUUGAAAAGCACUUUCGAAUGGAGCGUUGUUAGUGAAAUGGAACUAGCUGCUUCCGAGUCAGCAUUAGGAACUAUAGUUAGUCAAGGAACAACGGAGUGGACAAUAAAUAGACGGUCCAUACCAGCAGGUAUUUAUCAAGUCAAAUUCAAUGCUACAAUUACAGUUAGAGAUCAAGAAUCCCCACGGAUGCUGAAUGCUUUUGAUUAUGGCUUUAUUGAGGUUAUUGUAGCUCCAGUGCGAGCAAUCAUUGAUGGGGGAAGCAGUAUUCGAUGGGGAUCCAAAAACAUCGUGACUGUGGAUGGUUCCUUGAGUUACGAUGCUGAUAUUGGUCCUGGAGAACAUACUGGGCUCAAUUUCACGUGGACCUGCCGGAAUGACACUAAUGUGAGCAACACUUGUUUCGGUUCCUUCCAUGGUGAAGGAAACGUAAGCUCUAGAGACAUUACAAUUGAUCCUAAUGGACUUGAAAUCAAUAAGACGUACUCCCUUCGACUUACGGUUUCCAAGGAUAUGAGAAGUUCGUUUGCUGAAAUGUCCUUUGCUAUAGCUGCAGGAGAGGUACCUCAGGUUACUCUCAGGUAAUGAUUUCGAAUUAUGACAGACCAGUGUUCACAGGCCGAUUCCAAAUAACUUGGGAAAAAAUUAAGAGCUUCAUUGGGUAUUUUAAGGUCUGGCCAACGUACUGCGGAGCUAUUUAAGACCUGCUCCACUAGUGACGGGCAGAUACUGAUUUCAAAGAGUCAUAUCGCCAUGCAACUGAAACACAUUUUUCAAGUGCGUGGGCAUAUUUGAAUUCAACCAUUUACGUAAAGUCAGUAAAGUGCCAUUGAGGCUGCAACUGUUUUGAUAGUUCUCCUCAUUGAUUUUUGCUUUUUUUAUGUUUGUGUAUGUUCUUUUUUGUUUUUGUUUUUGUUUUGGCUUGUUUACAGUUUAUUUUCUUUUUUUCUUAGAUGCUUUGUGGAUUGCGGCGCAAUAGUGUCUGCGUCAAACAAGCUCCGGGUGACAUCAGAGUGUCUUAACUCUCCUUGUAAUGGAUCCACUUAUGAAUGGCGCUUGUCCAAAUUAAAUGGUUCAAAAUGGGUAAACAUAUCUAUUUUACCCAAUAUGACUUCAACUGCUGUUAAUGCUACUAAUAUGAUCAUCAAGAAGAAUUCAUUGCAAUCUAAAUCAAAAUACAAUCUAACAUUAUUUGUAAAAUCUUUGGAUGGGACAUACGGGUUUUCUAUGCUCCUCUUCGAAACUGCAGGGGAGCCGCACAGUGGUUACUGCGCGCCGUCAAUCUCUGAAGGCGUUUCACUGGAGACUGAGUUUACUUUCAAGUGCUUCGAUUGGCAGGAUGCGAGCUUACCGCUCACCUAUCAAUUCGCCCAUGGAGAGGAGCCUAUAUCUUAUGGCACAUCAACCUCGUCUGUAUCGACAGUGUUACCGACUGGAUUACCAGACAAAGAUUUCUUGCUAGAAGUCACUAUUGUUAUCAGAAAUGCAGUUGGGGUAGCUGUUGAACAGAAAUUAUUUGUCAAGGUGCAGUGAUUGAUAUUACAAAGCAAGAAAAAUUUGGAACUCAACCAAAGAUUUUCAUGUUUUAAAAUUUUGAUUUAUAGAAACAUUAUGUUUUAUGUUUUUUCUGUACUUACUAACCUCUGGAGUUUUUCCAGCAUAAAAUCCUCCAGUAUUACGGCAUUGUUGCUAGGAUCCAUUUAAAAUCUGUAAUAUUUAUUGACUAAAACGCCCAAGACCUCUUACCCCCCGGACCAAAUUUUCGAUUUCCUCACAAAAGCCUAAAAUAAAACUUUUUCUCCGCAGGUAAAGCCAUCAUCGAGCCUCGAUCCAUGUGUUUCGUCACCCGAGCAAGUUGCAAACAAGUUAAAAAGUUUUGUAGUCAUGGAAGGUAAUAAGCUUGAUGGAUUUCUCAACAAAGGUAAAAUUAGCCAAGCUGUUCAACUCGGUUUAUCUGUCAUCAAGUCUACAAAUGAAAAAAGCGAAUGUGGAAUAGAACUGGACCCUCAAGACAAAGCUUUGGUACGUAAAAAGAACUGUUUAAAUGUAAUCAGCGAGACUUAAACAUUUCUCUAGUAAUUUCGUUUUCAUUAUCUGUAUUACUACACAAAUUUAUGGCGAUUUCUAUUUAUCUUGAGUGGUAGGUAAGCGUUGAAUAUGUUUGACGCACUUCUUUUUGUUUGUAGAUCUUCAACGCAUUAAUUACGAAGUUUACAGCAAUAACACCAGAGAAUCUUGAAAUGUCUCGCCUGAUUAUGUCGGUGGUGAGCUUAGCUAUGGAAGCUGAGGUUGACGUCAGCGAUAACAGCAACAAUGACAACCUGGUGCGCCCUAUAAAUAUAUUGAAUUUUUCCUUUUUCUAUACUUUUUGAUGUAAACAUAUACGAUAAAUCAAUUUUGGUUCAUACAUGGUAAUGGGAAACGAACUGAUCUCUUUUGCAAGUCCAUUAAAAUGAUAUUGAACGAAUAUUGGAAGGUUACAGCUUUAAAAUUUCAAGGAAUGACGGAGUUUAAGCUGGUGCCCCCCUAAUUCGACUGCUAACUGAGCAAUGCUCGGUGCCAUUGACAAAAAGAGGCUCUUUCUUGCCCCUAAAGGAUUCUGAUUACAAAUAAAUGAAUAAUUUUGACUUGAAAGUAAUAACAAAACAAGUAACGAAGUUAAACUCACUGGUAAACGUAAUGAAGGGACUUGCGUUUGAGUUUGCGUUUUUUUUUCGAGCAUUGUGGUCUUUUUUUUUUUCCAAUUGAUAUUCCGAAGAGUAAGGUGAUUUGUUGAUAUUAUACUUAUUUUUUCUUUUAUCAGGAUUUGACGAUACGAUUGACAGAUAGUACUUCAAAUAUGAUGAUCUCUACCGUUAACGAUCCAGAGGAGCCUUUUACACCAACGUUGGAACUUGUAGCUACAAGUGUUACAGGCUGUCUUGCAAAUGUUCUGAAGUCUGCUGCAGGCUCGAGUCAAGAUAGAGCAGAUUUGGCCGCUACCACGCCAUCUCGAGAGGUACGCAUCGCAAACACAGCGUCCAAAAUAAAAAUGUACUCUCCUACGUAUUGCCUUGCUGGAAUUAGUUUUUUGACAACAAUUUUUGAUAACUCGUUUUAUGGGGCUACGAAGGAAAAUUAAGAGUCUCAGGAAAUUUAACAGUCACUAUACAAACACGUUAUGACUUACAUCUUUCUCUCCUUCCAGUUUGUAAAGAAGGCCUCCGAAAAACUGAGCAGCAUGAGUGAUGCAUUUUUUGGCCGUUUGGUGCUAUCAGAAGAUCUGGUCCUAAAAACUCCGAACUUGGUAAUAUCGCUGAAAAAGGUCACUGCUAAUGAUGCAAAAGGACUUACCAUGGGAGAUGGACCAAGUAAAUUCAAGCUCCCGAGCAACCUUGGAAAUAUAGGUGAUGGGGAGAUAAAUGCAAAGGUAUGACGCCAUUCUUAUCUUAAUUUUCAUCUUUUAACGAAUAUGACAAAGGACAUUAAUAAUCGCUGAUAAUGACGUUUGGUUGUCGUUUAAGAAAUUCAACUGCUUGCACUUUAUUCGCGUGAUAAAAUGUUAAAGCAAUCUGCACUGAUAUUCUGUGAAAUCUGAAGACAAUUUCGUCAACAAAAUGAAUAUGCAUGAUUCUUUUACUGUGUCUUAUUCAAUUGACCGAAAAAUGAAUCCAGUAAUGCGAUGGUUUCAUUUGCCAUACUACCAAACAGCGUAACCUGUCGUAAAACUUAUCAUCGUGUAGUCUGAAUGUUUGAAUGUAUAGAUUCCCAGUAAUAGCUACCGACGUCUCAACGACCAUAGUUGAAGUCAUCACAAGAGUCAGUUUUCAGAGUUAGAGAGUUAGACUCUAAUAGACUCUGUUCUAUUUCAGAUGCAAGCUAUUGAUUUUAAUCCUUUUACAUGGGACAAUAGCAGCAAGAAAAUUAAAUCAAGCGUCACGAGUCUCGAGCUUAAGAGUAACAGUGCAGAAAAGCUUAAUGUGUCAAAUCUUGAUAAUGACAUCGAGAUUGUAAUUCCGAUUUCUAAUCCACCAAAGAACUCCAGCAACACAACACAACAUUAUUUCCUCAAGCCUGACCGCAUAUCAUUCCGAAGUUAUUACGCAAACCUGGCCGACGUCCCUGUCUCUUUAAGAUUGGGUUUGGCCAUAACAGGAGUGGAAAUUGAAAUGCGGAUUAAAUUUGGACAACGACCAACGAUGGUGGACUUUGACCACAAUUUUAGUUUUGCGUUUAAGUCUAAAUGUGACAACCGAACAGUUUUUAAUACAACCUGCUUUACCAAGGAUGGGUCUGUUAAAGUGACGCCUUCUAAGCCAGGUUUUCUCUACGUGGGCUUGUUGGUCAAAGGCUCUAAGAAUGAAAGUCAACAUUUUAGGCAAAGAAGAUCAUGUUUCAAUCAUCGUCGCGAAAGACGGUCAUGUGUCGGCGUUAAAGAUCCGCCACCAAAAGGAGUCCUUAAAACUAUGGUUCCACAAUAUGAUCCAAAUACAGACGUUAACUACACUUUAAUCAUCAGCCAGUCAAGCUGUUUGUAUUGGUCAGAGGAAAAAGAAAAGUGGACUGCGGAAGGUUGCAAGGUAAAGUAAAUAAUGCAAAUUUUUCAACUUCUGAUAAACCUAUUGGGUGAAGUCCUUCGUGUCUCAUUUUUGUCCACAAUGAGGAAACCUAUUAGCUCAGUAUUAAAAGUAUAUCAACUGGAAACAAGUUUUUGAUUCCAAAAUUUCGGGAUUCUGUAGUCGAGGAGACGAUACUCCUCUAAAGGUAUGGCUUUUAGAGAUUAUGUCAAAACUUAGCCAUAUCCGAUAUUAGUUUACCAAAACUCUUUUCGUUGAAUUUAGAUGAUAUAUUUCGGGACAUUUAUAUCCACAGGUCAGCCAUGAUUCAAACACCACGCAUCUGGUAUGCCUGUGCAAUCAUUUGACAUCUUUUGGUGGAAACUUCAUCCAAGCACCGAAUCCAAUUGACUUCGACAAAGUUUUUACUGAGUUUUUAAACCUUGCUGAAAGUGGCAAUAUUUCAGUACUUGUGACAAUUGCUUGUUGUUUCCUUCUGUACUUCGUCGUGUUGAUCUUUGCAAGGAGGGCCGACAAGGGAGAUGAAGACAAAGUAUGGUUAUGGCUGCUACUACAUCUAAUUCAAUAUUUUUAUUCCUAAAUAGAUUUAUUUUUUUUCUUUUUUAAGGUACUAUUGAAAUAUGAAUAAAACCUGCUGCGUUCUUACCAGUAGAUGCCAACCUUCAGGUGAGUAUUUCGGAUUAUUUUUAACACUAGAAUGUAUCCUUCUUUUCAGAUUUGCCCUCCUAAAUUGAUAUCAGUUGUUGAGGGAGGAACAUAUUACUACGAUAUGGUUAUAAGCACUGGUGUUUGGAAACACUCAGCAACAACAGCCAACAUAACCAUCAGUAUCAAGGGCGACAAUAACGAGCAGAGUCAAAUUCCUUUGCGAGAGAAAGGGGACACGAGCCAGUUUUUCGGACGAGGAAGUAUCAAUGGCUUUGUUCUGGUGAUGGCUGAAACCAUUGGCACAUUAAAAGAAAUUACUUUGGAACACGAUAAUUUGGGUGACAACCCGUCUUGGUUUGCGGAGACUGUGGUUAUCAAAGACCGGCAGACGGAAAAAAAGUGGGUGUUCCCCAUUAAUAGAUGGCUUGCGUUGGAGAAAGACGACGGUCAAAUAGAGGUUACUGUGGACAGCGCUACUUACUCAGCCUUCUCGGCGCAGGUUCGUUCGCGCUUUGCUCGAAAAAUUGCCGACAGUCAUCUGUGGAUGUCAGUGUUUGGAAAAGCAUGUAGCAGCACCUUCACACGUGUGCAAAGAGCUUCAUGUUGUCUUUCAGUUUUGUUUAGUGCAAUGAUAGCUAAUGCCAUGUUCUAUAACAUUGGUGGUGAAUCCGAUGGUGCUAUACAGGUUGGGCCAUUUAAGUUUUCUUGGAGACAGAUAGUCAUCGGAGUACAAAGUGGCAUUAUCAUUGCACCUAUAAACAUAAUAAUCGCCUUCCUCUUUAAGUCUAGUAGACCGAGGAAGAAAAGGAGUGAAAAACACAAAGUGACAGACGAGGCCCAACGACUUUUGGAUGAAAUAACGGACACUGGUUGUAUGCUUCCUCACUUCUUUGUCUACGUAGGCUGGUUACUCUGCUUCUGUACGACUAUUGCAGCAGCAACGUUUACGCUGUUUUACAGUCUAAUGUGGGGAAAGGAAACCUCUGAGCAGUGGCUUGCUUCCAUCUUGAUUUCCAAUGGACAAGAUAUUUUCGUUAUGCAGCCCACGAAAGUUAUGAUAGCAGUCAUCGUUAUCUCCUUUCUCCUGAUCAGAAAGAAUAAAAACCAAUGUGAAGAAGAAAAAGAGGAAAUCGCAAUCGAUCCACUCGCAAUUGAAGUAGACUUUGUAGGUGAUGAUCCCAAACAGCGAUUUAAGAAAUAUCAGCGGGAAAAGAUGAGGGAGAGAUCAAAAAAAGAAGCUCAGUUAACAAGCAUGACAAGAGACAUUAUCCUUCAUCUGAUAUUUAUGUUUCUUCUGGCUAUCGUUUCUUAUGGCAACAAGAAUGGAAAUCGUUUCCUGAUGACAAAUGAGAUGAGAAAUCGGUUCACUAAAUUCGAUGUGGUAAGAUUAUCGUUUUACCCAAAACACACUUUCAAGUCUAUAGUUAGAAGGCAUUUCUGUAGUUAUUGCCCUUUGCAAGACACUCCGAAAACCGUUAAAGAAUUGAAACGACCUUUAAAAGAAAAAUUAGAACCAAGGUGAACCCUUUAACUCCCAGAUCAAAUUUGUAAUUCUCAUUACCAUCAACCAUACUAUUUUUAUGUUAGUUUAGAGAAUUUAGUUUUGGAUCAACUAAUUAUCCCCAAAUUGAUAUUUUUCCUUAUUCUUAUCACUUAUCUGGUUGGUAUUGCGUUGAUAUUGUAAGGAGAAAUUCUGUGUUGGUCACUCAUGGGAGUUAAAGGGUUAAAGCAUUGAUCUCGCUGGUGAGCUGCAGUAAGAAAAAUCGCAGAAAAGAGGCCUGUAAAUGGUCAGGCUUCGACAGGAUUCAAAUCUGUACCUUCUACAUCCCAACUGAUCUACGAAGCCAUAUGUUGGAAAAAGGCCAAAUAUAGUUAGUUUUUCACUCCCGGUGAGGAAUCUGAACACUUCAGAUUUAAAAUUACAAUGUCAACAGCACUCAGAGUCAUAUUUUUUAUUGUAGGUAUCUGAUGCACAAAGAUUUGAAUCGUGGUUAAGGAACGAAUUCCUAUCAAACAUUUAUAAUCAGGUGUGGUAUAACGGACUUGAAGAGAAAAACGACGUGUAUAUCGAGAACAAAAUGUCAAUACUGGUAGGAAUGCCUUGGUUGCGACAGCUCAGAAUUAAAAAAGGUAUACACAAAUGAGAUUGAUCUAUUUACUUUUUUUAAUGCACAAAAUAUAUUUCCAAGAAGGCUCUUGUUGCAAAGUGCAUAGAACAGUGAAACUCAUAAAUCAUAGGAAAUAUAUAAAGAGCCCUAUUUUGAAAUGAUGUGGCAUACUCACUUCUACUAAGCGUAUUUGCUUCUUAUUAAAGUCAGUUUUCACCUUUGAUGAUCACAAUGUUGCUCACUUCCUGGUGUGUAACAUUACACCGCACCUUAGAAAUUACUGGAUUUUUAGACAGGACAUUGAUUUUGAGAUAUAAAUCUUAAAGAAUCAGUUGUUUAUUUUCUCUAUUCGUAUCGUCAUUACUAGAAGCUUAAGGUUUUAAAUUUCUUUCACUGUAUUUUCCUUCAAGGUUUUUGCGAGUCCCCUCCUAAAAUCAUCUCAACUUGCUACUACGACUAUUCCUCAGACAGUGAGGACACUACUCCCCUAAGUCUUCCCAGCUGGAAGCCUCUUCCCUUCAACACAUCGUGGCCAAAUGCUUUAGAAAUGUGCCCGAAACCUUGGCGAUACCAAUCAGCAGCAGAACUCCGCAACCAUCCUAUCCAGGCGGCAUACAAUUCAUAUGAAGGGGGUGGUUAUGCAGCUGUCAUGGGAUAUGACGAAGCCACUGCCCAAGGCGUCCUCGGCGAAACUAUUGGCCACGGUUGGCUUGAUCGCCAGACUCGAGUUGUUAUUCUAGAGUUUGCUGUUUUCAAUGUCAAUACAAACUUGAUUAGCGUCGCCACAUACUUUUACGAGGCCAUAGCUACUGGUGCAGCCUACACUACAAAGAGAAUUGAAACAGUCGAGUUGUACAGCACUGAGUCAGGAGCUCUGAUGUUUUUCUUAAUUGGCCAGUUUCUGUUCAUGGCAAUGGUCCUCUUUUACCUCGUGGUUAUGUUAGUUCACCUUUAUCGACAACGCGUCGGGUUCUUCAAGUCUGUUUGGAACAUAGUGGAUUUCUUCUUGAUAAUUUUCUCUGUAGCAUCUGUAGCAUUCUACAUGAUCAGAGCCAAAAGCGUUUUGAACACUAUCAAAUCUAUUCAAGCCAAUCCAUAUGAAGUCAUGCAUUUCCACGCAGCCUUAGAUUGGCUUAACCUUGAAAAUGCGUCUAUUGCUGUUGCUGUUUUCUUGGUAACAGUCAAGCUUCUGAAUCUAAUUCGUUUUAACCCACACGUAAUAUACUUGUUUUCAUCUUUUCGGCAGUCUGUAGGCUAUCAACUCUCGUAUGUGUUCUUCUUUCUGAUCGUGUUUAAUGCAUUUGUCAUAGCAGGUAUGCAGUUAUUUGGUGGUAUAGUCCUUGAGUAUUCUAGUUAUCUUAAUGCCGUAAUGUCACAAUUCGAAUUCCUGUUAGGAAAAGCGGUUCCGUUACAAGCUCUGCGUAGCGACAAACCCUUUAUUGGUCCUGCCUUUGCAUUUUUGUUCUGUCUGUCCACUACUAUUUUUCUAAUGAAUAUGUUAGUUUCUGUACUCAAUGAGUCCUAUGGUGACGCCAAAGAAAACGCCGAGGAAAGCGCAGAAGAGCUUGAAAUGGCGCGCUUCAUUGAAGAACGAGUAAAGGAAAUGUUUCAUGAAGGGAGCAGUCGGACGGAAUUUAGGUUAUUUUGUGAUGAGACAACUUUUGUUAAUAUGUGCCUUUCUGAAGUAGAGCCCUUCUGUUUGAAUUCUGAAACUAUUAUCCAGAGCACAGAGCUACGAAUGGAAAACGUGGAGAAAAGACUGUCUGCUCUCACUAAACGAACAGAAAGCAUGGAAGUUGAUCUCUUACAGGAGGAAAAUGACUUUAUGAAUCUCCUGCACACAAUAGUAAAU